AUGUAAUCGAUCACUUACUUGACUCGAUCCUUUCUACUCGACAAUCCUUGUAGAGAGCGUGUCUUACGUUUCGUGUCUAGAAAAGACUUAAAAUUCCGCAGAAUGCGUUACGUAGCCGCUUACCUUCUUGUUACCCUUGGGGGUAAAACAACAGUAUCAGCCACAGACAUAGAAAAGAUCUUGAGCAGUGUGGGUAUUGAAUCAGAAUCUGAUAAAGUCAAUAAAAUUAUCAAUGAGCUCAAAGGCAAAAAUUUGGAAGAAGUGAUUGCUGCAGGCUCCAAAAAAUUGGCUUCAGUUCCAUCUGGUGGUGCUGUUGCAGCUGCUGCUCCAGUUGCUGCAGGUGCUGCUGCUCCGGCUGCUGCUGCUCCAGCUGCAGAGAAAAAGGAAGAAAAGAAGAAAGCUGAGAGUGAGGAAUCAGAUGAUGACAUGGGUUUUGGACUGUUUGACUAACUUUGCUAAUUGUACUUGUAAUAAAAUAACUGUAUCCAG